AUGUACCGCAGUGUCAUAAGAAAUGUUUCCAAUACCAUUAACUGUCAGCCAGUGCAGACAUUAACAGACAGGCAGAGCAUAAGUUGGCAGUGUGUUGGUUGUCUAAUGAGCACAGCGGUGAAGGGGAGAAAAAGUCUUCCAAGUUCCUUUCCAGUCCUGAGCCUGCCACUGCAACCAAUCCACCGACAUGUGUACGAAGCCAAUCUCAGAAACAGUGACAUCUGCCAAAAAAAAUAUGUAGACUUAAGUGAGAAAGUGAAGAAAGGUGGUGGAGCCAAUGCUAUUGCCCGGCACACGCAGAGAAACAAGAAGCUGCUGGUGCGAGAUCGUCUUCGUCUCCUCUUGGAUGAUGAAGAUUUCUUGGAGUUGUCGCCUUUUGCUGGACUGGGUCUGCCUUAUGGAGACAUCCCCUCCGCUGGCUGCUUGACUGGCAUCGGGCGCAUCAACAGUCUGUGGUGUGUGUUUAUUGCCAAUGAUGCCACAGUAAAGGGCGGCACAGCUUAUCCAAUCACGGUCAAGAAACAGCUACGGGCGCAGGAAGUAGCCAUUCAGAAUCGCUUGCCCUGUGUCUAUUUGGUCGACUCUGGAGGGGCUUUUCUGCCUUUGCAGUCAGAGAUUUUUCCGGAUAAGAACCAAGGAGGUCGGACAUUCUACAACGAAGCCAUCAUGUCUGCAAUGAAGAUACCACAGGUUUCGGUGGUUUGCGGCUCAUGUACGGCAGGAGGAGCGUACAUCCCGACCAUGGCCGAGGAGACGGUGAUGGUCCACAGGAUCGGGACCAUCUUUUUAGGUGGACCGCCUCUGGUCAAGGCCGCGACAGGGGAAGAAGUCUCACCAGAGGAUUUGGGCGGAGCUCGACUACACUCAGAAGUCAGUGGCUGCGUUGACCAUUUUGCUUGGGAAGAAAAGGAAGCGUAUGAAUACACCAGAAACAUUAUAUCCACGUUUAACUUUCUGCUGCCGGACGAAGAAGAGAGUAAAGCGGAUGAAGAACCACUCUUUAGUUCUCAGGAUCUCAAAGGACUCGCUCCUCUCAGCUACAGCUACACUCUCGACGCUAAACUGGUGGUGAGUCGACUCGCUGAUGGGAGCCGGUUUCAAGAGUUUAAAGCACGUUUUGGAACAACGCUUAUUACAGGAUUUGCAAAGAUUCAUGGACACUUGGUUGGAAUCGUGGCCAAUAACGGAGAACUCUCUAAUGAGGCGGCUCUGAAAGGAACUCACUUUGUCCAGUUGUGUGAUCAGAGAGACAUUCCUCUUCUCUUCCUUCAGAACACUGUCCCUGCAUCAGCUUCAACCUUUUCUAUACAACAAGCAGAGAUAAACAGUAACCGUCUGAAGGCUCAGGGCUCCAUGAUGUCGGCUGUGGCCUGUGCCUCUGUUCCUAAAAUAACUGUGGUGAUCGGUGGAUGUCAUGGAGCCGACAGUUAUGCAAUGUGUGGUCGAGCCUUUGACCCUAACUUCCUGUUCCUGUGGCCAAAUGCCAGAGUGUCCAUCACGGCUCCGAGCUCCUCUAGAUCUUUGCUUUCACCAGAUGAAGAGGAAGAAACAAACAGAUUAAAAGAAGAAAGCUCAGCCUUCUUCUCCUCUGGCAGAUUGUGGGACGAUGGAGUCAUUCUACCUCAAGACACCAGAAAGGUGGUUAGAGACUGUUUGGAUAUUAUUAAGCAGCAGAAGUAUCAGCUAUCAACAACAAGAACCAACUCACCGAUGCUGCGGAUAUAA